CCGUCUGCAAGUCAGUGAUGGACGAGAUGAGGCGCAGCGGUAGGUCACCGGAGGACAUGGCCAAGCAGCUGACGGAGACGCUCCAUCUCAAGUCCGAGAGAGCUCACCUGGCCUACCUGCUGAGCGUGCAGAACGUCAGGGAUGCUGAGGCAGGGCUCUCCGGCCAGAGAACCAUCACUGGGCUCCUCAGACAGGCCGACGCUCCAGAGGCAUUUGGCGGCUACUCCGAUGCUGACGGCUGGUGUGGAGUCUCCGUUUCAUCCCACCUCACUCUGCUGCUGCAGGGGAGCUUCAGACAGGCGCUGAGGUCCGACCACACCCGAAAAGUGGCGAGGAAGGUGGUGCUGUGGUCCGGCACCAUGUCAUCAUACGCCGUGAUGAACGAGAACUGGAUGAUCCUGAGCUGAUGCUGCAGUCAGAGUGGACCGGUCCCUUCAUGCCAUGUAUGAGGGUCUGAGUCAACGCUGCACUGCAGCUGGAGUGGAGAAGGCAGGCUUCCAGCGGGUGGACAGGCAUGAAGAACUAGUUUCAGUUUAAAACAUAAUUUUCUGUUUUUGACUUGGACGUUCUAUAGUUUAGUUGUCCUGGGUUUUUUUUAAUGAAAAGAUAUAAUUAGUUGGAACACUUCAGGUUGAUUUAUUUCAUAUUGUAAAAUAUAUUGAGGCUCAAUUUGUACUCAAUAAAUUGUGAGAUGUUUUUAGCUGUGAAUUUAUUUCCCAUGUUUUAGGGACUGCUGUGCUGCCUUCGGGGUCCUGCAGGCUGGAGCUCAGGAGCAGCUCUUGUGGGACAGCUGGAGGACCUCAGAGGCAUCGUCUGGGAACCUGGAGAACACCAGCGCCUCAAGGACCAAGUUCAACAACGAUAUAACCGUCUAGUUGGACUUGUUCCACUGCAUGCGGCGCUUCAGUCUCGGAGCAUCACUCUCUCUCCACCUUUCUGCCAGUUCCUCUCUGCAGCCUUCCUCGUUGUGGACCAGGGAGAUCUCCAGAGGCUCAAGGAGGCGAACACCUUCUGUGGGAUCUCUCCUCCUAAUCCCACCAAGCUGCACAUGAGAGCGCUGCAGGUGAAGGUGCCACAGCCCCGAGAGCUGCUGCAGAGGGUGGAAGACGUCCUCCGUCACUUCUACAUCUCAAAAGAUGUCAACCUGCUCCUCUACAAAUCCUCCAUGUUAAAGAUAUGAAGGAUGCAGCGGGUGCACAUCUUGAGAGGCUGCCUGAGCGACCCUGAGGUGGGGGAGGGAACCCUGUACAGGUUUGGUGGCACCUUGCAGCUGAACUACACCGAGGGAGAGGGAGCUGCUGCGCCCAUCUGGAUCCCUGAGAGAGGCCCCUCUCAGCAGGAGGGCUUCCACUUUCACCAAGCCCAGUGGGUCACAGGGAACCGGGUUUCCUGUGAAGCGCAGGCCAUGACGGGGGUGGUGCCCUGGAACUUCCGGAGACUGGUUGACCUGAAGCUGCCCGGUGUGGAGCUGCCAGCCGUGUUCGACCCCGUGUUGAUAGCAGAGCUGAACAAUUUGUCUGCAAAGGCAAAAUAUCCAGCGCUGCAGGUCACCAACGGAGACACAGGAGAGAGAUUCGGUCUGGACUAUGUGGAGCCCGGCUGUCGUCCUGUUCCUGUCAACUGGGACAAGCACAAGACACAGCCAAGCAUGGCCGCUGCGGUCGCCAAGGAGACGGAGCAUCCUGCAGCUGUAGAGGCCACAGACCGUCAGGAGACCAGUGCCACUGUGAGGGAAGCUCCAUCCAGUCUUGUGCCCAUCCUGUCCUUCCACGAGGGGUCUGACGUAAAGUUCCAGCCGCCCUGGAGGCCGUCGUCUGCUCCAGCCGCUCGCACCGGACCGAUGAAAACAGGAGGCAUCGUCCAGGUGCUGGACCACGGCCGGUGGACAGAAGGUGCCAUCGACGGGCUUCUGAUUAAACACCACGGAGCUCCACGCAUGCUGAAGCAGGUGGAUGACGACUACGCCGCCAUGGUCCAGAGGGGGUGCACUGACCCUCACAGUUUGUUACAUCCGACCACAUGCCAACAUAUCUCCAGAUAUGUCAAGCAUCUGGCCAGAAAGAAAACCCACCAGCUCCUCUCUGAACACCAGCCCAGAGAAGGUGUUGGAGACACAGCAGCUGUGGCAGAGCUUGACCACCGGCAGCCAAACGGUCAGUGUGCCGGUCAUCACCAUGCCUCCUGCAACCGUCAACCCUCCAGCUGUGGCUCCUCUCAAGGAGGAGUCACUGAGCCGGGAUGCAGUGGAGAAGAUGGUGGCUGAGAUCCUGGACAAGCAGCAGCAGCAACAUCCGCAGCAGAAGAUGACGAGGAACUGUCCGGCCUGCGGUCAGCCAAAGUCCCGCUACCUUGCCGACGGUUCCUCGGUUCAUUUAUUCUUCCAGACCAAGACAGUUAAAGAUUUCUACUGCUCCACCAAGGUCUUUAAGACAUAUGCAUGCGAAGGCCUGAGAGACCCCCGCAUGUCCUUUGAGGACUUUGCAGCGUCUCCUUUCUUUGAGCGCGAGCUGGAGGCCGCCAAUCAGAGGGGGGCCGAGUGGAAGAAGGUGAAGAAAGAAGAGGAAGAAGAGGAAGUCGGCGGAGCCGCUGCCGACAGGUCGCCUGUGCCGCUGAGGCAAGGCAGCCCUCAUGUUCACAGCUGCUUCCCCGGGGUGUUGGGGAAGUACGUCUACUGCCCCUCCAGGGUGUUCUCCCUGUACAAGGACCAGGGCAUGGGGAAGGAGAUGGCCUGGGGGGACUUCACACAGUCCGCUUUCUAUGAGGCGGAGAGAGACAGAUGGGUCACAGAGAGGAAGAAGAGACCACACACAUAUAUAGUAUUAGUAAUACUAAUUAAAUGAUACAAUAAGAAUUAUUGGACGAAUAUAAGCAGCAUUAUUGCAUUGAUAUUGAUUGCAAAUAUAUAUAUGUCCAGUACAUGAGAAUGUAUAUAAUUAUUGUUUUGGAAUAAAUAUCGAUAUUUUACUAGAAUAAAUACAAUUAUUGCUGUAUAUAAAUAUUAUAUAAUAAUGUAAAUAUAAUAUAUAUAAAAUGUGUGUCAACACUGAAACACACGCGCCAGCCUGCACACACGCACACGCACACACUCAAUUUAAUGGGUUUUUAUUGUAUUGUACGGGUUUUAUUGUAUUGUAUUAACUGUGUUUAGUUUAGAGGAUCUACUACCUGUGUUGCUCUUGUAUAUAUCUUAUUAUUUUAUGAUGUGUAUGGUUAGGUGUAUGAACACUCAGUCUAUGCAUGGAUGUUUUGUCAGGUCUUCUCUAUGUAUGGAGAGCUGUCUGCACACAUACACCACUUUUAGAUUAGUUUUAGAUCUAGACAUGUUUCUUGUUUCUGUUUUGUUUUGUUAGAAAGGCCUGACCAGGGACUGGGGUUGCAAAUUAGCCAAUUGGCUAGAAACCUUCUGUAUCACAUGUACACUUUGUGUAAUAAUGUGCGCUGCUUUGUCCCUGACAAAUAAAAUUUAUAAAUAAAAAAUAAAUCCUGACAUUUGAGAAGCUAAAACCAGGUCAUGUUGCUGAUUGUUUCAGCACUUAUAUUAUAAAUAUGUUUUUGAAUACACUACUCUAUGUGUGUGUGUGUGUGUGUAUAUAUAUGUCUAUAUAUAUAUAUGGUUGUUUUAUUAUAUGUAUAAUAAUGUAAUAAUUAUGUAUGUAUGUACAUAUAUACUUAUAUGGGAUUCA